CAUAGCAAGCAGUUUCAGAUUAGGAUGAGCACGAUAAAAAAAAAAUAGGUGAAAUUUAGGAACAUACCCUAGAAACAGGAAAACAAACAACAUAUACAAUAAAACAACAAAUAAAAAAAAAACAAAAGCUGCUUGACAAAGAAACGCCCACAAGACUGUUUGGUUGAGUCUUUUUCUUAAGUACGUUAAUCGCGAUUGCCAUCCCUUUCACGAUGGCGUCAACGGGAACUAAAAAAUCAUCAUUCCUGACAAAAUCAAAAAAAAGUCAAUCGAGAAAUCUGAUAUUCAAACCACCUGACCAGGUGCCAAUUGUAGACCGUGACUAUGGCCUAAUAAAGAUAUCUACAGACAAGGCGUCGACCCCAUAUCCACGCGUAUCAAAGGGAAUUGAUGUGCCGGCUCUUACGGCGCGGCUUGAGGAGGAGCGCAUAAGUAAAACCGAAGUGACUCCUUUGGAAAGGGCGGAUUCUGCAUUUAGUUCCUUACGUUUUAGCAGCACGUCGCACAGGACACACGUGAUGCAUCCUGAGCAAAUGCCCACAGGCACUCCGCACCCUAACAAGGGCAUGGCCGUAGAUCCCAAAUUACUCAAAAAACAGAUCAGUACAAUUGAUUGGAAUGCUGAACUGUCCCAUCAAUGGGCCAGCAUUAGACGAUUAUCGGACAUCCAGUCGAUGCUGUCAGAGAUGGAAACUGACAGAAAGUCAGUCAAGGAUCUCUUGUCGGCUCGCUCUUCAAGCUACAAGCGCAAUACCCUGCCCAGCUGUCUGCGAAAAGACUACAGCAAUAAACCUGAGCACGUGCAUAAACGCAAAAAGGUCACCCUAAUCAGUCCUCGAAGAAGCGCGACCAGCGAACUACGAGACGAAAGAAAGAAUCUCUUAAUAGACGACAGAAAAAGUGCCCAAAGCACAGUGAAUAGCUCCGGACCGAGCAGCCAUCCGCUUAGCUUUAACGAACGUCGACAAUUAUUUUGUAAGGGCGAAUACACAAUUGCCAAAAAUGGAAAGAAGUUAAGCGAAUAUUUUAUGUCAAAUCCAGUGGAUAAAUUAGACAUUGUUGAUGGCACAUUUUGCGAUGACCAAAGGGCGACAGAUGCCAUCGAAUUGUUUAUCCGAAAACAAGGCUUCAUAAAAGCACCCGCCGGUACAUUAACCGGCAAUACAAAAAUCAAACUCAAUGAUUCAGCGUCACAAACUAGCUUUGCCAGCUCACCAUCAGCAUACUUAUUGACAAGGAAAUCAGGAAAUUACUCAAAUAUUUUUCAUUGAACGCCCCUCUAUGUCCAAAAGGAGAUGGCAUUUGACAAAUAGCGAGAGUGCAUACAGAUUGCGACUGGAGCCCACUUGAACGCACUUUCGCUAUUUUUCCAAUGCAAACCUAUUCAUAACUGGAACCUGUUUGGAUCGUCAAUUGCGAUUUGUAUAAAUUUCUGUCAACGUAUUCACAUUCAGCAAUACGCCUGCUACUGGAAGUUCAUGUAAAUAAAUAGCAAUUGAUAAAACAAGAAGA